AAUAAAGACAACUCAUUAGCUAAACAAUAAAUGUAAAUGAAACAUUUGCAUCAGAAAACAGCAAAGAAAUAAAAUAAAAGAAAAAAGAAAAAAGAAAUCAGCAAAUAUAUCUCGGAACUCAUUGUUUAAAAAGUAUCCAUACAUAUAAAAAAAAUACAUAUAUAUUGAAUAGAGUUCACUAACCAUCUGAAGUUUUAUCUUCUGAUUCUUGUAGGACGCCUUCUCUGCUGGAACUGAUACGACCUCCACAGUCCUAGAAUUGGCAACGACAGAGCUAUUAAGACACCCCAGAGUGAUGAAUAAAGUGAAAAAUGAAGUGAGAGAGAUUCUUAAAUGCAAACCACAUAUAACAGCUGAUGAUCUGGAGGAAAUGCACUACCUUCAAGCAGUGAUCAAAGAAACUGUUCGUUUGCAUCCUCCUAUCCCAUUACUGGUUCCACAUGACGCGAGCGAAGAUGUCAGAGUAAUGGGCUAUGACAUUACCGCCGGAACAAUGGUUCUGACCAAUGCUUGGGCAAUCGGAAUAGACCCCAUGACGUGGGUUGAACCCGAAGAGUUUCAGCCUGAAAGGUUCUUGAAUUGUUCCAUAGAUUUCAGAGGGCAUGACUUUGAAUUGAUUCCAUUUGGAGCUGGCAGAAGGGGUUGCCCAGGGACCUCUUUCGCAAUUGCCCCUUGUAGGUGCAAAAUUUUGUUCAACCAAUAAUAAUUGAGAAAAACAAAACAACUCACUCAAAAAAUAAUAAAAAUAAACGAGAACAGUGUAUAGAGAAGCGUAGAAUUGCUUGAUCCCUUUAUUGGAGGUCUUAGCCUCUAUUUAUAUACAAAAGAUUGUAAAAUUAUGGUAGGACUCGCGUUGCUUGCCCUCCAAUUCUUUCUAUAUAAACAUUCUUUACUAAUAGAGUUCUUUCCAUUGUCUAAUUUUCCAUACAUAGAA